UUUGUUGAACUCUUUUUAGUCUUCAUUGAUCUUAUACUUAUAAUUUCUCUCUUUCUUUUUCUUCAAAACCAAAAUUAAUCAUGAAAAAUCAAAACCAGCAAGAACAACAAAAACCUCUUUUUCUACCCCUACCAAACAAAUUAAUACACAAUUUUAUUAACAUUAUUCCAUACAUUCUUAUUUUUGGUUGUGGCAUAAUUAUUGGUACGUCUUUUUCUCCUAGUACCAUUUUUCCGGUCGAUAUUGGUAAUCUUUUUGUCACCGUUAAAGUCUUUAACACCACAAAGGAUUCUUUACUACCACAACCACCACCACCGCCCCCGGCUCUAGAAUUAGAGCGAGGCAGCCCACCACCAUCGCCGCCACUCGCAUUGCCACAUCAUCACAUGGAGGAUGAGGAGUUGCUAUGGAAAGCAUCAAUGGUGCCCAAAAUUAAAGACAAGAAAUUAAUGCAAAGAAUAAUUCCGCAACCAAAAAUCGCGUUUUUGUUUUUAGUACGUGGCGCUUUGCCAUUGGCUCCUCUUUGGGAUAAGUUCUUUCUUGGGUAUGAAGGUUUGUACUCCAUUUACGUGCAUGCUAAUCCUUUGUAUAAUCAGAGUUAUUCAAAGGAUUCUGUGUUUUUUGGCCGAAGAAUUCCUAGCAAGGAAGUGCAAUGGGGCAAAUUCAACAUGGUUGAAGCUGAACGUCGUCUACUAGCCAAUGCCCUCCUUGACCACUCCAACCAACGGUUCGUUCUCCUCUCGGAGUCCUGCAUCCCAUUGUACAACUUCUCCACAGUAUACACCUACCUUAUAAACUCCCAAAAGAGCUACAUUGAGGUUUAUGACAAAAAAGGCGGUACAGGCCAAGGCCGUUACAGCCUCCACAUGUACCCUCACAUUAAACUAUCCCAAUGGCGAAAAGGGUCUCAAUGGUUCGAGAUGAGUCGUGAGCUAGCCCUCGAGGUAAUAUCAGACCGAAAAUACUAUCCCAUCUUUGCAAAGUACUGCAAGAACUCGUGUUAUGGGGACGAACACUAUAUCCCUACUUAUGUACACAUCAAAUUUGGGAAGGAAAAUACAAAUAGGACAGUUACUUGGGUUGAUUGGUCUAUAAAUGGACCUCAUCCUGGUCAAUUUCAGAGGCCUAGUGUUACACCUGAGUUAUUGGAGAAGUUAAGGACUAAAUAUACUUGUGAAUAUAAUGGGAAGAAGACUAAUGUUUGCUUCUUAUUUGCUAGGAAGUUCAUGCCAAGUACCUUGAAUAGAUUGUUGAUGUUUGCUCCUAAAGUGAUGAAAUUCGGGUCAUAGAAGUAUAUUGAUGUAUUAAGUAUAAGGAAAUUGUGUUUGAAGAUGAGGAGAGUUGAGAAUUUUUUUCAUUGAGCCAUGAUUGUAUACGGUUAUGUAAUGCUCGAUACAUUCUUUAUAAAUGAAACCUAAUAAAAAGAAUAUUUGUUGUUUGUUGAGAAUUUUAUUUUGUAUGUUGGAAUAUAUGGUGUAUUAUGUACUUCUUCUGUCUCUAAAUAGUUGUCAUGCUUGUUGUAAAUGGAUGUUCCCAAAAAAAAAAAAAAAAAAAAAAAAAA